AUGCAACAAACCGAACCCCCAUCCAUCCCCGCCCGUGCCCUGCGUCGCCGCAACUCCCGUGGUGCCGCUAUGACGACAGGGGAACUCGCCUCGCUGCCACUAGCAACCGAGGUGGAGCGACCCGUGACGCCGGAGCGGACGUACGCUCGCGUUGUAUCACCGGCCUCGGCCACCCUUCCCAAGCCCGUCGAUGCGUCCUGGACCAUUGGCGGAGACAUCGCUAGUACCCCGUUUACGGGGGAACGCCCAGCCCGUGAAAACACGGAGAAUUCGCCCCGUUCGCCCCUGUCCACGUUGGCCAGGGGCCAAACCGAUCACCUGGACGUCGCAGGAUCGAUAGAAGAGGCGGAUAGGAGUGACGGUCCCUGGGCCUUAGCCACGAAGCGGACUGCCCGUACUCAUCGGGAGUCUGCUAGUAGUCGUAGUUCCAGUCCUGCUAGUAGAACAGGUACAGAACUGAACGAUAUUCGCAAUAGCCGGGAGGAACUCACCUCCAUUCUGGACGAGGCGGCCGAAGCCAUGUCCCCUGAGAUGCUGCGGCUAAUCUCCGACCGCUACGCCAGCCUGGCAAGCGCGGCAGAGCAACGUGCGCCUGUCCCCAGACAGGAGCAGGACCUCGGAACGACCUCUGAGGAUAUCGCCGAAUCGGACGUGAUCGGUGAUAGGUCCAAAGGAGACCACGCUUAUCGGCUGAAGGAAGCCGAAUGGUCAGAUGGCAGCGUGGAUCCACAGCCGCCGGUCGCCGGUCCCUCCCAGGAGAAAGGCAAGGGACCCGAUCCUGGUAACUGGGGAGAGGCUCAGCUCUCCGAUAGCGACUUGGAAGCUCAGAAAAACGCUUUGAAGGCCUUUGAGCUGGCGCAAGGGGAGAGGGUUCGUCACGACUCCGGUCGAACGCCCCCCGCAAUCGAAGCGGAAACGAGAAACCAUGCCCUGAGAACGCCGAAUAAGGUAACGACGCAGGCAAGCGACCGAGACGUCUUACUUCGGGAGCUUUCUCGAAUGAGGGAACGCCUUGGCGAACUCGAGGAACGAGAGCGCCAGCGGGAAACCUCCGCCAUGUCGGGAAGUCAGAGACCAAAACUGAUGAGCGAAAGGGCGCGCACCCGGGCUCCCUCUGGGACGCCGAAAAGGCGCUCGACGGAGCCUAAAGAGAACAUCGGCUUUGUAAACAGCGUCCUGAGGGGUGUCAGCCUUCAGCCAUCGGAGAGCGGGGGAUCCAGCUCUGAAUCGUCGUCUGAAGAGUCAGAAGGCGAUGACUCAGGUGGAUUACCCAGCGAGUCAUCCAGCGAUUCUAGCUCAGAUACGGGGAGCUCACCCUCGAGCUCGAGUACCGAAUCAGACAGUUCUGAUGACUCUAGUAUGGACGUGGAAUCUCGCGCUAGGAAGAGCAAGACAAAGAAGCGCAAGAGGAAGGCGAGCCCCGGACCAAAAGGCAAGAUGUUGGUGAAGCCCAACCCCCCGGCUAGAUACGAUGGGUCGGAGAACGCGGACCAGUACACCCAGUUCGUGGACGAGGCGAAUCGUUACUGCGAGCUGGGGAAUGUGCCGAAGGCUCACCGUGUCCCGAUAAUAGGUUCGUUCUUAGACGGGGAUGCAAAGGAUUUCUAUAAUCGAAGAAUCCGGGGCCAGGAGCAUAAAUGGACAUUGAAAAAAAUGCUGCGGCGCCUUCUGAAGUACUGUUUCUCAUUGGAUUACAGACAAAAACAACGGAAGCGACUUACCCGUUGUCACCAGAACGGGAAGUCGGUGAAUAAACACGUCCUGGAACUGGAGAGCAUCAUGCUACAGAUCGGCCUGAAGAAGGACCGCGAGCGUGUGGCCUUGCUGUGGAACAGCUUCGACGCUGAUAUCCAAGAGGAAUUAUUCCGGUUCGGCUUGGACCCGGAGAAGUCGAAGUGGGCCCGUGUCGUGAAGAAGGCAAUUAGAGCUGAGCGGUUUUUGAGCCUUGACAGAAGGCGUAAGAGCAAGAGCGUACCGAGCAACAACGCCGCUGGCUCUGGGCCAGGGCCGGCGAGCGGCGGACAAGACGUCAAGAAGAAGAAGUUUUUCCCUCGGAGACAACGGGGUGUUAUCAAGGCUUCUGCAGCCGCGGUAAUGCCACCCCGGGAGAAUGGUCCAAAGCCGGUCUCUCGUCACUACCCUCCACCGGCCACUGCCCCGUCUCCGUCCCACACCUCGACUAGGAGCAGCGACAACACCGCGGACCGACCUUGGGAGCGACGGCUUUCACCUCAGAAGCGAGCCGAGCUUAUGACUCGUGGAGUAUGCCUCAACUGCGAAGAAGCUGGCCACAUGGCGAGGAGCUGCCCUAAGCUCACCACAAUGAAGUCCAAGGUCAAAGGCAAGCCGCCUGGCUUUGGAGCCCACGGUGUAAGCUUGCGCUUGGCUUCUCUAGGCGAAACUACUGAAGUGUUUGAAACGCUGGACGUUGCUAGCGCUUUCCCGUUAGUUGUCCAUGACGCAGGCGAGAUACUGGAGCAGUUCUCGGAGUCCGAAUCGUCAAGAUCAGAGCCAAGCGACUGGGAAGAUAUCAGUUGCGCCGACAUCAACGAGCUGGAAUACUUGGCACGAGGAACGGAUAGGCCAACGUGCCCGGAAAUGGAGAUGUUAGCCGAAGGGAUGGAGGCGCUGUCACUGGGGCCGGAGGAGCGUCGAGCUCGACCAGCGCUGGGCCUCAUGGACCAGACCAUCGAAUCCAUGUCGGUAGGGACGGAGUCGCCGGGAGCAGGAACAGGCACAGGAGACCUGGUAGCGCGCUUUGCCUGUCUGGUGCUACAACGGUGCGCUCCCUUUCCAGGCGACGAUGGGUCUGAACCAACUGAGGACCGUUUCCUGGUCUACCGGGUGCACAACGCGGACUACUACUGCAUACUGGAUUGCGGCACCCCGCUGAACAUCCUGGAGGGUGACGAGAUCGUACACGCCGAUUGUUUGGAGGACCCGGAGUUCCAGCUGGGUUGGCAUUGGGCUCAGAAGUGUUAUCUGGCCCAGGGCAUCCACCGAUGCCCCGGGGCUGGUACUUCCGGAGCGUUACUUUCGAAUGACAGCGGCACUUUGGAUGACGUUCCUCCACAGCUGGAGCAGUCCAGCGACUCUGAGGAAGAGGAGGAGGAAAGCGAAGACGAGUCAGUGGAGGCUUCAUGGCAAACGUGGGUAGAGGCAACUCACGAGGCGGGACUUCUGCCCGAGUUGUCGCUGAAGUCCCAAGGGGUGCCAGAAGGGCCUGGAACCAGUGCACCUGAGGCACAAUCACAAUCAUGCAGCCGAAAACUUGGUGAUCUCAUGGCAGAGGGAGCCCAAAGCCUGCUAGAGUUUGGUCAGCCCUACCCCGGAGACACUCUGCUUGAUAAGGACGCACCGGGCUGGAUUGACCAGCGCUUCUCACUACAGUCGUCCUGGGGUGGGAGCGGAUACCUAAUAAGGGACCAGGCCAAUGGCUUGUGGACGUAUCUGCCGCAGCACUUGCUCGAGAGUCGAGAUUUUGAGCUGGCGGCUUGGUACGCUGACAGGGUUGCAGAACGGCUGGACAUCCCGAUUGAGCGGGCCAGCCUAGCCCACCAGAUAGCCGUUGACGACCUCCUGGGCAUUCAGCUUGGGUUCUACCUGGAAGAUAUGAUUAAGGAAGACCCUGUGAAUUGUGGAGGUUACACAAACAUUGAGCCUCGAUUCGCGACAGAGAACCCGGGAAAAAGCGACGUGCCAUGCGAGUACGUGUUCGAGGAAGAACAGGAGGAAGGACGGUUGGCCCGAAUUAGCGUGCCGCGAGAUCAGCUCUUGAACGCGGACCUGGACCUGAUCAACCUACGAGUGGUGGGGAUCGCACGUGCGACCAAGUGA